AUGUCCAGCCUGCUGUCCUUUGCACGUGCUGGUCCCUCCCAUCCUGGCCAGAACGAUGAGGAAGCCAACAUUGCCUCGACUUCUUCAAAUCAACAACAACGCGGCAGCCGAUGGUCUCGUCCAUUCGGCGGUCGCUCCUCUUCUGGCAACCAGCAUGCUCUUGCCGUCGACAUGACGUCGCAAACACCUAACACAGCUGCAAACAUCAACGCCGAUAUCGAGCAAGGUGCAGUUCAUCACGAGCCAGGCAUCCUCUCUGCCCUUUCCGUUCCUUCUCUCUCCAACCUCCGUCGUCGAGACCGCGAACAGGAAAGGCGCAGGCAGAAUGCUCGAGUGCAGGCAGAGCAGCCUGCAGGAUCCACACCCACUGCUCCAAUGACUUCGAUUCGUGGAGGUGGCAGUCUUCUUGCCGCUGUCAUGCUUCCUCAAAACACAACAACCAACCCUACCGCUUCCACAGCCGCUUCACGCAGCGCUGUCAGGAAGGCAAGGUCCAGCAGACGUGAACGAGAAGAGGCUGCUACCCUCUUUGGUCCUAACCUCGCCAACUACUUUGGCAGCGGUAUCAGCAGCUCUGGCGCUGUUUCCAGCCACGGUGCAGGUGUGCCUCAGCCUCCUCCCAUCACGAGCCCCCUCUCGCCCACAGCAGCCAAGGCCUCCUCGCCGCAACCCAACGAUCCAUCAACUGCCGUCGAUCCAGCUUCUGCCGCCAACAAUGCCGACGCUGCAUAUCCUCAGGGCUCCGUUCCCUCCCGUCGUGUCCGUCUUGGCUCACGCGGCCGUGCUCGAGGUGCAUCCCUCUCGGGUCUCAGCAUGAUGUCGCUCGGCGCAGAAUCCGUCACCUCGCUCGGUGGCAUCAAUACUGAACGCACCAACGACACCAUCGCUCCAGCACAGGGCAUGAUGCAAGGAUCUACCGCUGACCUUAUCGACCAGCUUAACCGCCAAGGCCUCAAUGACAACGGUGUUACCGCCAUGAGCGAGGGCGUAGACAUCAACACUCUUCAACGUUGGAUUCAGAAAAGCACCGGUCUGGCGCACGACGCUUCCAAUCCUGGUGUCGGUGCCGGUGCUGAUGCCAUCACCCCAGCACCUGCUGGCGCCUAUGGCCCACCCGUUUUCACCACCUUGCAGUCUUUCGUCAACCUCAAGCGAAACACCCUCAAGCUAACUGCAACUUCCAACGCACCUUCCACCACCGCAAUGUCCUCUGCCAAGACUUCCGAUGCCAACGUCAAUCUUUUCCGUUCCAAAAGCUCUCUCUCGGUCCUUCCAACUCUUUCGUACGGCACUGCCUCCUCCACUCCAGCUGGUAACAACCUUCUACCCGAGCCAACGCACUCGCUCUACUUCGAAUACGACUGCGCUGCACCCUAUGCCGUUGUUCAGAUCUACGUCCGUGCCAGUCGCAAACACGGCAGCUGGCUCAAUUGGCAACCUCCUACCCACGAUGCUUCGGAUCCACUUUCCGCCAAGACCAACGAGGAUGGUAGUCCAGCAUGGCUCGCUCAAACCGGUCCACCGCCACAUGUUCUUGGUUGGCCUGUCCACGUUGCUAAGCUCAAGAAAGGGUUUGCUGUCGGUCACACCGCCAACAUCCCUCUUCACCUUCAGUACUAUGCUCCGCCGAAAGCGAAGAAGACCGAUCGCAAUGCUUCUGCGGGUGAAGGCAGCGAAGCAGAGAAACGGGGACAGGGGUCAAAGCGUGCGAUGAUACCACCUGCGCCAGCAGCGAUUCCGGAGACGCCAGGAUUUGAGCUGAACCGCAGAUUCGAUUUUGAUGGAGAUGAUGCGGAUGAAGACAACAACAAUGGUCGUGCUGGUGGACGUGGUGCCGCCGCUGCCAACGCAAAUGCCAACGCCACAGCUGGUGCACAAGCUGAGAAUGGCGCAACGCAAGGUGCGACCGCCAAACCCAUCGUCGAAGAAGAAACGAAAGAACAGCGUCUAGCACGCGAGAAAGCAGAACGAGAAACGCUCAAAGUAGCCAUCGUAGUCGAAGCUCUUGAUGAAAACGCACGUCCUCUUCGCGAACCUAAUCUGCAGACCUCUUACCUCCGACUUAAUUCUUUGCCGUUAAAGAAGAGUGUUGCUGAACGAUACCCCGAUCUCACCAGGCCCACCUCCCCAACCGAUGCCGAAAAGCACGUUCCACGAAACUGGACUUCUCAACUCGAAGGACAAGAAGCAGAAAUUGGACCGCAUCGAUUCCAACUUCAGGAACUCUAUGGUUUAUCAUCGAAGCCCCCCGCUGUUGCACCUGCACCUGUUGCUGAAGAUGGAGAAGAAGAAGACGGCACAGCAGGAGCAGGGGGUAUGGCUCCCAUGGACAUGGAAGCGAGCAACGGGUCUGAAUGUUUGAUCUGUUUGAGCUCUCCUCCGACGACUUUACUGUUGCCGUGCACGCAUGGGCUAUGUUUGGAAUGCGCAGUACAGUUAAGAGAUUCAGUGAUUGGAAUUAGGCAAUCCGAAAGAAGAAGGGGUAGGACACCAAGGAGGAAAUACGCCUGCCCGGUUUGUAGAAGAGCCUAUACCAGUAUGUUGCAUCUCAGUAAGGCUGAUGAGAAGAGCGUCGCUCAGCAAGGUCAUUCUUCUCAGCACCAGCAGCAGAUUAUGGGAGCAGUGCCGAGCACUACUACUGCUGGUGCAACCUGA